AUGUCAGACGACGAGGUGGACUAUGAACUCCUCGACUUGCUUCGGCAGCGACUGGGCAUAUCAACAGCCCCCAAAGACGAAAUCUCUAGCGAAACUGGCGUUCUACGCGAUGCAGAGUUCAUCUACAACAACUCGAUCGAUGUGUUCAUCAACAUGCAUGGAACGAAAGCAGCCGCAGCGGCCAUCUAUAAGAGCAUGCAAGAAAGAGCCUACUCCACCGAGACCUGGAGCCAGCAUGAAUUGCAUCCCAGUAUCAAAGAAGGAUUCUCCGGAGUAGACCUCGUCAACUUUGUCUUCACGUUAGAUUUGUUGAACUUUUCAUUCUGGUCUGAACUUGACGAAACCGAAAGAUAUCAAGUUGAAUAUAGGGGCCAACACUGGACGGGCUACAACAGUCUAGWAGCUUGUCUACGAAGAGCUUUGGACGAAGGUAUUCCGAUCACAACCCCUCGUUUCUGGCGGAGCCGGCAAUGCUCAGAUGACUUGCUUGCCAACGUCUUUCGAAGUGCCACGCAAGAGCAAAUUCCCCUACUGGAAGGGCGGAUUGCCAAUCUGCGAGAGGCUAGCGAAGUUUUGCGAGAAAAAUAUCCGGAUCCAGAGGGCGAGGACGACGAGGAUGACGAGGACGAUGACCUUGUAGAGGAGAAUACGAUUGCACCAGACGGUCCAGAAUCCGCGAUGCAGACUAUCACGGAAGGAGACUUGGGAGAAUCUACCCUUGAACACCACAAUGGAGACGACUUCCUGGAAAGACAGUCACCACCACCACUACCAACAGCCUCAGAAGCCCAACGAGCACCAAAGACAGCAGAAGAUGUCCAGGACAUGAACCCCGAGACUACCAUCAAUCCAGCGGACAGCCAUGGAGGGGCCACACAUGCACAGACAGACGCCAACGCAUCACCGACGCACGCCCCAGAAUCAUGCAGGAACACCAAACCGCCAUCCGACAGCCGGCAGAAAGAUCACAGGCCUGACCAUGMAGUCGUACGCCUAAUUGAACGCGCCGAUAAAUCGGCCGGCCGUCUGGUCAAUCUUCUCGCCACGCAAUUCCCAUUUUCGUUUCGAGACGAGGCCCGCUUCGACGGUCGGAGAGUGAAGCUGUUCAAACGAGCCCAAAUAUUCGUAGCAGAUCUGUGGGCUGCGCUCAAUGCGCGCGGGCUGGGCGAGUUCGACGACGUCGAUCAUCUGACGAUGUUCCCCGAUUAUCGAGUUGCGCAGAUGCUGUAUGGCUUGGGAGUGUUGUCGUACAGCCCUCCUCUUGACUWUCGUGUCAACAAUCGCAUCAUCAUCGAGCCUGGCCACUCUUGGGAAGUCCAAAUCCGUGGCUGUAGCAUUUGGGCAGUCGAAUUGCUGCGACGAGAGAUUGUAAAUCUGCAUCCAGAAACCCAUGUCAAUGCAGUACUGAUAGAUUUCUUCUUGUACGAUUUGGCCAAGGAGCGGGAGGCGAAUGCCGGAGCGCCGCACCACCGUACAAGAAGUACCUGGUAUUGA